UAGAAAGAGACGCCAUUAGUAGGGGUUGAGAGGGGAGAGCAGAGCGAACCAGCGAGCUUAGGGUGGGGGAAAUCAGUUUGGUCUACAAGAGCUGGGCGAGUGAGAUUUGUUCCAAUUCUGAUUCGUGUCCUCGACGUCUUGAUUUCGAUUUGAGUCAUCUAAUGUGAUUAGAGGGAGAUACUUCGACUGGGCUACUUGUAUUCCUAAUCAUAUUUAUUUCACCAUGGCGGCUGGCGGCGGAGCAGGCAACAAAACCUACUCUUUCAAGGUGGUUUUGUUGGGAGAGGGCUGUGUGGGCAAGACAUCGCUCGUGUUGCGGUAUUGUGAAAAUAAAUUCAACGACAAACACAUCACCACACUUCAGGCCUCCUUCCUCACCAAGAAGCUCAACAUCACAGGGAAGAGGGUGAACCUGGCCAUAUGGGAUACAGCAGGUCAGGAGCGGUUCCACGCGUUAGGUCCCAUCUACUACAGAGACUCCAACGGAGCCAUAUUGGUCUAUGACAUCACAGAUGAGGACUCUUUCCAGAAGGUGAAAAACUGGGUCAAAGAAUUGAGAAAAAUGUUGGGGAAUGAGAUUUGUUUAUGUAUAGUAGGUAAUAAAGUAGAUCUGGAGAAGGAGAGACAUGUAUCAGUUGAAGAGGCAGAAGGGUAUGCAGAGUCCGUGGGGGCAAAACACUACCACACAUCAGCCAAAUUAAACAAGGGAAUAGAAGAACUGUUCCUUGACCUGUGUAAAAGAAUGAUGGAGACGGCCCAAGCAGAGGAGAGGGCGAAGGGUAACGGAGCCAGCCAGUCAACGACAUCACGAAGGGGCGUACAGAUCGUGGACGAUGACCCUCAAGCCGCCACGGCCGCGGGGGGCUGCUGCUCAUCCGCUUAACCUCCACCCUCCACAUCCCAACUUACCCCCCCACCUCCAUGUCCCAACUUACCCCCCACCUCCAUGUCCCAACUUACCCCCCACCUCCAUGUCCCAACUUAACCCCCACCUCCACAUCCCAACUUAACCCCCACCUCCACAUCCCAACUUACCCCCCCACCUCCACGUCCCAACUUACCCCCCACCUCCAUGUCCCAACUUACCCCCCACCUCCACGUCCCAACUUACCCCCCCACCUCCAUGUCCCAACUUACCCCCCACCUCCACGUCCCAACUUACCCCCCACCUCCAUGUCCCAACUUACCCCCCACCUCCACGUCCCAACUUACCCCCCACCUCCAUGUCCCAACUUAACCCCCACCUCCACAUCCCAACUUACCCCCCCACCUCCACGUCCCAACUUACCCCCCACCUCCAUGUCCCAACUUACCCCCCACCUCCACGUCCCAACUUACCCCCCCACCUCCAUGUCCCAACUUACCCCCCACCUCCACGUCCCAACUUACCCCCCCACCUCCAUGUCCCAACUUACCCCCCACCUCCACGUCCCAACUUACCCCCCACCUCCAUGUCCCAACUUACCCCCCCACCUCCAUGUCCCAACUUACCCCCCACCUCCACGUCCCAACUUACCCCCCACCUCCACGUCCCAACCUACCCCACCCUCCCCCUUCCCCCCCCCCCCUUAAGCAACCAGGACUGUUGCCUCUGCCCUCAGCCUCCCCUCUCAUCUCCCUCCUUAUGACAUGAAGACUGCUGUUCUCCCUCUGAGUCAUCGUACACUUUACUCACUACACUUCUCCCUCUAUGGAACAAUGUGCUGGCUUAUAUACUAUUCUUUAUACUGUAAUAUUCAUUCAUUGGUGCCCAUUCCUGACCCAUCCAUAUGAGACUUCUGACACCCCCUGCUGACCCAUCCGUAUGAGACUUCUGACACCCCCUCCUGACCCAUCCAUAUGAGACUUCUGACACCCCCUGCUGACCCAUCCAUAUGAGACUUCUGACACCCCCUGCUGACCCAUCCAUAUGAGACUUCUGACACCCCCUCCUGACCCAUCCGUAUGAGACUUCUGACACCCCCUGCUGACCCAUCCGUAUGAGACUUCAGACACCCCCUGCUGACCCAUCCGUAUGAGACUUCUGACACCCCCUGCUGACCCAUCCGUAUGAGACUUCUGACACCCCCUGCUGACCCAUCCGUAUGAGACUUCAGACACCCCCUGCUGACCCAUCCGUAUGAGACUUCUGACACCCCCUGCUGACCCAUCCGUAUGAGACUUCUGACACCCCCUGCUGACCCAUCCGUAUGAGACUUCUGACACCCCUUUCUGACCCAUCCGUAUGAGACUUCUGACACCCCUUUCUGACCCAUCCGUAUGAGACUUCUGACACCCCCUGCUGACCCAUCCGUAUGAGACUUCUGACACCCCCUCCUGACCCAUCCGUAUGAGACUUCUGACACCCCCUCCUGACCCAUCCGUAUGAGACUUCUGACACCCCCUCCUGACCCAUCCGUAUGAGACUUCUGACACCCCCUCCUGACCCAUCCGUAUGAGACUUCUGACACCCCCUCCUGACCCAUCCGUAUGAGACUUCUGACACCCCCUGCUGACCCAUCCGUAUGAGACUUCUGACACCCCCCCCGACCCAUCCGUAUGAGACUUCUGACACCCCCCCCGACCCAUCCGUAUGAGACUUCUGACACCCCCUGCUGACCCAUCCGUAUGAGACUUCUGACACCCCCUCCUGACCCAUCCGUAUGAGACUUCUGACACCCCCUCCUGACCCAUCCGUAUGAGACUUCUGACACCCCCUGCUGACCCAUCCGUAUGAGACUUCUGACACCCCCUGCUGACCCAUCCGUAUGAGACUUCUGACACCCCCUGCUGACCCAUCCGUAUGAGACUUCUGACACCCCCUGCUGACCCAUCCGUAUGAGACUUCUGACACCCCCCGCUGACCCAUCCGUAUGAGACUUCUGACACCCCCUGCUGACCCAUCCGUAUGAGACUUCUGACACCCCCUGCUGACCCAUCCGUAUGAGACUUCUGACACCCCCUGCUGACCCAUCCGUAUGAGACUUCUGACACCCCCUGCUGACCCAUCCGUAUGAGACUUCUGAGUGAUGAAGAGGUGAAGAGAACAUGAAAGGAAGGAAUCUGCCUCCUCUGUCUUUCUACAAACUAGCAGAUGGACUUUUAACACACUAGUGUGAAAUACACACUCACACACUGUCGUGAAAUACACACACACACACUGUCCCCACCUCUCUCAAAUGAACACAAACCAACAGACUACAUUAUAACUCAUAAACACUCAUACCCCAGAUUUCUAGGCCUUUUUUUUUGCGAGGAUAAUGUGCAUGAUGAGGUGAUCCGUCUCUGAAGGCUGCAUUUGGUUUCUCUUUAGAAAGAAGAAAAAAAAACUGAUCUUUAUUGUUGAUAAACUAAAGUACAUGUUGUAUGGAAAUGUGUCCAAGCCCUCGGUACUGCUUCUUCUUCUGUGGUGGUGAAGUGGUGAAAGCCCUCUGAUUCCGUCAUCCAGCUCUUUUCUUGGCCUGUGUUCAUAAAGCUUCUCGGUAGGAGUCCCACCUGUCUCUGUAACCUUAUUGAGUUCUAAAAGAGUAAACUGAUCCUAGAUCAGCGUUUCUGCUCUGAGACCCUUUAUGAAUACAGACAUUGUGCUUUUUCAAUAACAAAAAAAAAAACGUAAGUUCUCUCUUCCCCUCCUUUCUCUUGAUCUUUCUCUCUGAUUUAAACAGCAGAUGUUCUGCACUGACCCGUCACUGUCAAUGCUUUUGUUAUACUGCGUUUUCUUCCUGUUUGCUGAGUUUCUCUGUGAAAAAUGUAAAUGACAACAACAACAAAUACAUUUAAAAAAACAACCCAAAAAACGGAUGAAGAGUAUGAAUAACGUUGGAUGUUUUAUCUGCUUUUUACAGGCUUUGGGGAAAGGAUACGCAGGUGUAGGAAAGUGUACAAUAGUCUUAAUGAUUGUAAAAUGAAAUAACAAUUGUGGAUGAAAGCACACUUUCUGGAAUUGUAAUUUUUUUAACUGCUAGUGUCGUGUGUUUUGUAAUAGAACAAUUAUAACUAUUUACAACGCA